CUGGCACGUGUAUCUAACAACUUUUUUCCUUAAUAAAUAACUGUUGCUUGUGUGUUGGCUGUUAACUUAGCAUCCACUUUUACAGUAAACUGUUAGCAACAUUGAAAUGUAAAAGGAAAAUGUUUAGACACAAACAAAAACGAAGUGUUGGAAACACGAACAAGUCAGUUUAGUAACGGUGGGCAAUGAAACAACACGGCCUUUUGAAAACGGAAACCGAGAUUUAGAGAAAAAGUGAAAAAUAAAGAAAAUACAAUUUAAAAAGCCAAAAAAAAAAAGAAAUAUUAAAAAUUUCUAAAUAAAAAUAUGAAAAUAAAGUAACACGUAAAAGUUUUGUAAAGAUGAAAAUAUGAAAAAAACGCUGAUUUUGCGCUUGUUUAAAUAAAAUGAUGCUCAAAUAAAAAUGCACAUAUGAAUGAAUAAUGAAUGAAUGUAAAAGAGUUUUUUCAAAGGAAAAUAUAAGUUUUGUUUGUGAAUAUAAAAGGCAAAUAGAAAUUGUGUUAGAAAAUAUGUUAAAUAUGAAAAGGUUUUAAAAUUAUUAAAAAAGUUUUUUUGUUUUCAUCGGUGACGUUAAGUGUGUUCGGAAAGCCAGAAAAUGUGGCAAACUUUUUAAACUUUAACUUCCGGUUUUUGUGCUUGUGUGUGUGUGAUGGCUGUUGUUAAAAGAAUAUGUUGAGGCUAAUGAGUUUAUAAUAAUAUUUACUUUUUUUGGAAAAAAGCAAAAAUUCUUUAAAUUAAUUAUUAAAAUGAUAAAUAAAUAUUAAAGAAGCAAAGUUUAAAUCCAUUAAAGCUAAUAAAAAAUGAACAAAACAAAAUAUAAAUUAACUCAUUAUUUGUUUUACUCGUAUUUUUGUUGUUGUUGUAUAAAACAAUUAAUGUUUGUGUUGAGUGUUUAACUAUUUAACCUGUUUUUGUGGUAAAAAGAAAAAAAAAAACGUUUUUAUUUAAACUGAGGUCUGAGGUUGAUAAAUAAAUGUCAUGCAUUGAAAAUUAAACAACAACAACUACAACUACAUGCUUUGCAAAAAAAGUGUAAAUAUUUGAAAAAGUGUUUAAGUGUGUGUGUGCUAAAGUACAAGGAUCAUUUUGUUUGCCACAAAAAAAAAAGUUUUUAUAAAAUAAAUUAAAAAAUAAAGUUAGAGUGUGUGUGUAAAGCCAAUGAAUGCAAUUUAGUUAAUUGAAAUUUACAUUUGAUUUAAUUAAAUUUUUAAUAAAUUAUAAAACAAUGUAAAAACUAGAGAAAAAACAAGUUAAAAUGAAAAUCUCUUUUAAACAUACACACACAGAAUAAAGCAAGCACAGACAUGCAAAGCAAAAACUUUAACAAAGUGUUAGUAUGCAUUGUUUUACUGCAGCAAUUUUAACAAAACACAACAACAAUAACAAUAGCUAAAGCGAAAGAAACAAAAGAAAACAAAAACUAUAGUGUUUUAAUAAUUUACAAUUACUUUGAGUUUAUUUUGCUCAAUGCUUCUCUCUGCUGGUGUGCUUAAGCUGACUGCUUCCAGUUAUUUCUGUCUAUUCAACUGCCUGCCUGCCUGUUCAUAGCUGUUUCAUUUGUAUUAAGGAGGGCUGUCAACAUAAACUAAAUUAACAACAGUUGCAACAACAAAAACUACUACUGACAACAAUGAAUGUGCAAGAGCAGCAGUAGCAGCAAGGAAAAUAAAACAACAACAGGGGCUGGCUAAAAAUAAAACAACAAGUAGAAAGAAAAGGAAAUCACAGCAACAUUUACACACAUUUAAACUACAAACUACAGACAUUUAAACAUUAAAACGACAUCGACGAUGAAAUGUGUAAAAAAUAAGAAGAAUUGUUCCACAUCAACUAAAGAAGGAACAUGACACAACAGGCGUUUAAAAUUAAACUACAACUACUGCCAGCAAAUGAUUUGUUUAAAUACAAGUGUUGUAAACAGUAAAUGAAACAGCAAUAACAACAACAAGAACAUGAAAAUUUACAGCAAAUAAUUAAAACAAAAUAAUUACUGAGACACACCUACCAGCAAAACUCACACUAUAACAUACAUACACACUACCAACAAGACAAGAUAAAACUUAAAGUGUGGUUGCUCCACAAUAAUUUAAACUGAAGGGCUAAAAGAUAUUAAAAAUCCUGUAAAUUAUUAUUUUUUUUUAAUAAACACCACCAACACAAAUAUAAAAAUCAGCUAAAUGUCUGUUGUUGAAGUAGAUGAUGUUACAUCAAUGCUUCAAAUAUUAAUGUUUACUGGUCAUUUAAAAUGUCGGACGUUGAAAAGGCGAUAUCCGGCUUAGUAGAGGAAGAAGAACUAUUACAGCAGCAGCAACAACAACAACAAUCAACACCUUUAAACAAAAUAAACAUUAACAACUAUAAUUUGCAAAACGAAACCGGAAAUAGUACAUUAUUACCAAAACACAACAACAACAGCAGCAAUAAUAGUGAGUCACAACAGUCCCACCCUCACCAGCAUAUAACCUUUCAACAGCAGGAUUCGAAUACAAACACUGCCAACGGCAGCAACUACUUAACAGCGCAACAGCAACAUUCACACAAUUGUUUAAGCCGUUUGGCCAAGUUAAUAUUUUCCACACCUGGCCUGGUCGUAAUGGUUGUAGUUUAUACCAUAAUGGGUGCAUUUAUAUUUCCUUUGCUGGAGGCACCACAGGAUAUUAGCAAAUCAGCUCUUAUUGCGAAAUCAAGAGAGGAAUGUCUAAAAGAGCUGUGGAUAAUAACAGAAAAAUUGAAUGUCCUUUAUGAACGCAACUGGACAAUGUUGGUGCACGAACAAUUGAGACGUUUUGAGGGCACUAUUGUGGCAGCGACACGCAAUAUGGCGGCGGCUGGUGCAACAGCCGCAUCAGGUACUACAACAGGAGGUUAUGGUGCAGGUGGAGCCGGAGGCAUGGCUACCGAAACAACAACUACUGCUUUGGGCCGUUAUGGCGGCAACAAUUUGGUGGAAUAUAGUGAUUUAACCGCAACAAGAUGGUCUUUUAGUGAAGCACUACUCUAUUCAGUAACUGUGAUAACAACAAUUGGUCAUGGAAGUUUAACACCGCGUACAGCUGGUGGUAAAAUAGCAACUAUUUUUUAUGCCUUAAUUGGGGUGCCAUUGAUGUUGAUGUGUCUCUCCAGUUUAGGUGCCCUACUGGCCGAAGCUCUGCAAUGUACUUACGCUCGUUUAUGUUGCCGUUGGCCACACUAUGUGGUGGAUGGUGGUGAUGAUUUGGAACAUGAUAUACACAAUACCAAACAUCAACGUACUAAACGCCAGCAAAGGCAUUCCGAUAUAAAUAUGGAAAAAUCAUCAGCUCAUCUUGAGAUUAAACAGCGUUUACAGCAUUCAUGUGAUUUUCAGGAACAUAAAAAUGACAUAAAUUGUAAAAAUUGUAAAUAUGAUGCCAUAAUUGGAGAAUCGAAUACAAACCAUGGUUAUGACUAUAAACUGUGUAAUGAUGCCACAACAGCGACAACAUCAUCGACGUCAGCUUCAUCGGGGCCAGCAACAACAACGACAGCCAUGACAACAAUGAAACUUGGUCAUAAAGAAGAUUGCUGUCAGCUUUUGCAAAAUUCUCCUGGAAAAUUGACUCAACAUUUGUCCUCUUGCAUGCAGUUAAAAUUGUCGCCUACAAUGACGGUCAGUGGUGGUAGCAACACGAAUACAACACCAAUACAGCCACAGCAACAAUACUAUCAGCAAAGACCAGAUGUCAUGCUAAUGACAACCGGCCACAAAUUGUCUUCACAACAGCCAGCAACAAUGGCUACAGCCUGUCGCAUGGUCUUGCCCCCCUCAAUACCACCCUCGCAAGCACAACGUUUCUAUACAAAUACAACGCCUGCCAUGGCAACAUAUCAUAUUGUUUCCUCAGCCUCGGCCAAUUCAUCACCCACCCAUCAUCAAUCUAUACGACAUUAUAUAGUGCCGCAAUUGCCACCACCUCCACCAACGUCUUCAACUUCCGCCACUGGUACCCAACACUUUAUGGCUGUGCCCUCAAGUAUGCUUCGUUUUCAUCAAACAACACCACAGACAUCGAUACAACAGCAGCAGCAACAACAACAGCAGUGUGCGGGUAAUGUAACAUCAAAUAUUAAUAUAAAUCCAUUGGCAUUACCCGUAUCAGGUUCAGCUACUGUUUAUUUUCCAAUUGUUACACCAGCUGCUGUCACCCAAAAUACAACACUAAGCGGUAGUAGUGGCCCCAGUUCCCAGCCUCUUGUUAAAUAUCACACCAUACAAAUGCCUCACAAGAGACAACAGGGUUUAACGUUGUUGCAACAAACCGAUUUACACGAUAAUCAAGUCAUAAAUACAGUUGAAGAUAUUGACUGUACUUUAUUUCCACCACCGCCACCUCCCGCCUAUCAGACUGCAACGGUACAUGGUAUUAGAAGGGCGAAAUUCUUAACAAAACCUUUACCACAAGAAAUCAAUACAUUAUUGCAUGAAAGUGAUAUUUCGUGCCGGCAUGAUUUAUCACAAAACUUGCCAACAUUUAACAGUAGCAGCAGCAGUAAUAGCAACAAUUUAGUAAAUGAACAACAGCAGCAGCAGUUACACAAUACAUUAAUAGAACCAACAACAACUGCGACAACAACAUCAGUCAUGCUUUCAAGCGAAACGGGAAUAGAAACGGAAUCCUCUAUGCCAACAACAACAACAGCUGGUAAUAAUUUUUAUGGCAGCAGCAAUACAUCGACCACUACUGCCUCAACAUCACCAGCAUCGACGGCAACAUUAACAAAUAAUACAAAUUCCAAUAGUAAUACAACAACUAUUUAUGAAAAUCAUGAAUCAACAACACAUCACAAUACACAACAGCAACAUGGCCAAAUGGGUUUAGGUAUAAUGGCAGCAGGAGGUGUUAGCACAGCAGGUGGAGCAACAGCAGCGGUAGAUAUAAUGGAAGAUGAGGAGGAACAAGAACAACAACGUCUGGGUAAUUGUCCUCAUGGCACACCAUCCCGAGUGCCACUACUAACAAAUGCUACUUUAAGCACAGAAGAUAAGUCUCAAGCCCGCAGUUUCUUUAAUGCCACAGCCGCCUCUUUUCAUCGCCACACCUUAAAUACCUUUCAACGUUCCAGCAAUACCUUAAAUCCACAACGCAAAUCGGUGAUAAUCAAUCGCAAAGGUGAAUGUAAUCUGCACAUACCCAAGCGUCGUAAUUCCUCUGGGGCCACUUUGUGUUAUGGUGACCAAUAUGAUGAUACCUCCGAUGAUGAUUGCGGUGGCCUAGAGGGCACUAAUAUCUAUAAACUUAAACAUCUACAUCCCCAACAACCACAGACUGAUAAACAUCUUAUGGGCCAAGAUGAUUAUUGUGAUAAUCAUUCGUUGGUUUCGCUUAGCGAGUCAAGCGCACAAAUACCUCAAGUGCCCAUUAUAGUGGUGCUAUUCAUUUUAGUAUUCUAUGUCUGUCUGGGCACGGUUAUAUUUGCUUUGUGGGAAAAUUGGUCUUUAAUCGAUGGUGCUUAUUUUUGUUUUGUCACUCUAACCACCAUAGGUUAUGGUGACUUUGUGCCCUUGAAAACAUUUCAGGGGCCGGAGAUACAACUAUUUGCCUGCUGUGCUUAUUUGCUGUUGGGCCUGGUAUUGGUGGCCAUGUCGUUUAGUAUUUUGGAAACCCAAUUGAUAUGGAAAUGUAAACGUUUAGCGGUUAGACUGAAAUUAGCCAAAGAAUGAUGUUGUAAAACUAAUACUACUAUAAGUUUUGUAUAAAAAAAAAUUAAAAACUUAAAUAAGUAAAAUUUAAAUAAAGUUUUAGUUAAAGUCCUUUUUAAACUAAUUUAUACAACACAUAGUUUUAACCUUGUUUUUUUUAACACUUAUUACCAAUUAGCAAUACAUUAUUAAAAUCCCUGAACAAAUUUUCCUUUUAAUUAUUUAUUUUCAAUUUAUGUACAAAAAAAACUGCUCAUAUGUUAUUAAAAGAGAAAAUAAUUCCUAAAUAUAAAAAAUUAAAUAAAAUCUUAUAGCGAAAAAAAUCUAGCAACAAAUGUAAAAUGUGUAGUAAUUAAAAUGUAAUGAAAAUGUAACAUUUCUAUACAUAUAAAUGUAACCGAUUAAAAAAAAACUAAAAAAAUAUAUAAAUAAUUAAUUAAUAACUACAUGCAACAAAACUCCAGAACAAACAACAACAAACAAACAAUAACAAAUGAAUAUGUAUGAAAUCUAACGACACUGAUUAAAUGUAAAAAAGUUAUAAACGUGAUUAAGUGAGAAAAACAAAAAUGAAAAAAAAUAAACAUAAUCAUACUGUUAAAAUAAGUUUAAAUAUAAAUAAUAUUGCAAAAGAGUAAAAAA